UAGAUCAAAUAGAAUGGAUUGAAUUGUCACUCUCUUAUUACACUUUAAAACUAUUAUUCUAUCAGACAGACCAAAUCGUUAUGAGAGGGGGUGAGUUUGGUUUUACAAGCAGUAAAGAAAAAGUUUUAUAAGCAGAAGAAUGCUUAAAUAUUUCACACAUAUUAUCUUAAAACAAAAACUGUUAAUGAGAAAACCAAUGUCUUCCUCCUUUGGUCAUGCGUUAUUGUUGAUUCUCCUUUGCUUUCUGCUUCACAAACCCACCCAAGCAAUCAAACAGUCCUACAUUGUAUACUUAGGACCACAUUCUUAUGGUCCAAGUCUUUCAUCUCUUGAUGCUGAAUUUGUCACAAACUCUCACAGUAAUUUGCUUAGAUCAUACGUUGGAAGCACCGUGAAGGCCAAAGAAGCAAUCUUCUACUCUUAUAGUAAAUAUUUUAAUGGCUUUGCCGCAAUGCUUGAUGAAGAUCAAGCUGCAAUGGUUGCAAAGAAUCCAAAUGUGGUAUCGGUUUUCUCGAACAGAGCACUAAAACUGCACACAACUCAUUCAUGGGAUUUUCUUGAAUUAGGGAAAAAUGGUUUUAUUCGAAAGAACGCAGCAUGGAGCAAGACACAAGGCGAAGAUGUCAUUAUUGGGAAUAUAGACACCGGUGUCUGGCCUGAAUCAAAGAGUUUUAGCGAUGAAACAAUGGGUCCAAUUCCAACCAGAUGGCGUGGCAGUUGCGAUGUUGACCAAAAUAAUACGGAUAAAUUUUACUGCAACAGGAAGCUAAUUGGAGCAAGAUACUUUUACAAAGGGUACUUAGCAGGUGUUGGUGACAAAACAAAUGCAUCAAUAUUCAAUAGUGCACGUGACUUUCAUGGUCAUGGUUCACAUACAUUAUCAACAGCUGGAGGUAAUUUUGUUGGUGAAACAAGUGUAAAUGGGAAUGGGAAAGGAACAGCAAGUGGUGGAUCACCAAAAGCACGAGUUGCAUCCUAUAAAGUUUGUUGGCCGCCAAUUGUGGAUGGAAAAGGAUGUUAUGAAGCAGAUAUUUUAGCGGCUUUUGAAGCUGCCAUAAGUGAUGGUGUUGAUAUCAUUUCAUUGUCUAUGGGUAUUUCGCCCGUUGAAUUUUUUGAAAAUAGUUUCUCCAUAGGCUCUUUUCAUGCUGUUGCCAAUGGCAUUGUUGUAGUUAGUUCUGCAGGAAACCAAGGACCUUCUCCUUCAACUGUAGGUAACGUCGAACCAUGGUUACUUACUGUUGCUGCUAGCACUACUGAUAGAACUUUCACUAAUAAGGUUAUUCUUGGUAACGGAAUCAAAAUCAAGGGAACUAGCCUUUCAAAGGACCUCUUGACACCUCGUAAGUUUUACCCUUUGGUAAAGGCUGUUGAUGCAAAAGUUGAGAAUGCGUCUUAUACUGAUGCCCUUCUUUGCAAUACUGGAUCUCUUGAUCCACAAAAAACUACAGGAAAAAUAGUGGUAUGUCUUCGAGGUAAUGCUAGCAGAGGUGACAAAGGUGUUGAAGUUGAUCGUGCAGGUGCUAUUGGAAUGGUUUUGGCUAAUAGCAAAGAAGUACCGAAUAUACUUCUAGCUUAUUCUCAUGUGCUUCCUUCUUCAAUGGUUAACUUUCAAGAUGGCGAAACCAUUUUUAAUUACAUUAACCACACCAACUCUCCCGUGGCCUUUAUUUCUAAAGUGUCAACUCGAUUGGGUGUAAAGCCUGCUCCACUUGUCAGUUUGUUUUCAUCAAGAGGGCCUAAUAUACUUGACCCAACAAUCCUCAAGCCCGACAUCACGGCACCUGGACAAAAUAUAAUUGCUGCUUAUAGUGAGGCUAAUACUACGUCGACGGGACUUCCUUUUGUUGCUAUGUCGGGAACUUCAAUGUCAUGUCCUCAUGUGGCUGGCGUUGUUGGAUUGAUCAAAGCUCUUCAUCCUGAUUGGAGUCCAGCGGCUAUUAAGUCGUCAAUAAUGACUACAGCAAAAAUAGAACACAAUCAUCAUGGAAGGCGCGUGUUGAGUCCGUCACUAGAAAAUGCAACUCCAUUUGCAUAUGGUGCAGGGCACAUUCAACCUAAUAGUGCUGUGAAUCCUGGACUUGUUUACGACCUAAAUGUUACAGACUAUAUGAACUAUUUGUGCAAUCGUGGCUACAAAGAUAUUCAUCUUAGCAUGUUCUACGGCAAGCCUUACACUUGUCCAAAAUCUUUCAGUAUAGUAGAUUUCAAUUAUCCAACAAUCACAAUUCCCAACUUAAAGAUUGGAAAUUCUCUUAAUGUUACACGUACUCUUACCAAUGUUGGUGACCCAAGCAAAUACAAAGUUCGCAUUGAAGCACCUGACAACGUCUUAGUGUCAGUUGAGCCUAAGGUACUAAAAUUUAAGGAAAAAGGAGAAAAGAGAGAAUUCACUGUGACUUUAAGUUUUAGGCCUCUAACUAAUCCUAAGACUGAUUAUGUAUUUGGGAGGUUGGUUUGGACCGGUCACAAGCAUCGUGUUGGGAGUUCUAUUGCAAUUAAGCCACAAUAAAAAGUGGUUUUUAUCUUACUUUAUCUGAAGCCAAUAAAUAAUUUCUAGAGGUGUGUGAGUUCUUUAUAAAUUGAAACAUCGAUUAUAUCAAGAUAAAAUUGUUUUUGGCUUACAUGUUUCCUAUUAUAAAAGUUUGUUAUAUUGCAUAUUCAGUUGGAAAAAAGUAUAUGAAUUUUAAGAUGAUCUUUUGUUGAAACAUACAUGUUUGACA